AUGAGGAACGCGGUGGAGUCGACACCUCUUGGGGUUGCCUACGCUGAUCCCAGAAUCCCCAUUUCCCAUUAUCCCAAAGAGGACUUCUGGGAAGAAAUCUUAAAGAGAAGGAUAGCGUAUGCCACCAUAGCCCUCUUCAGCAUUAUCUUUGUGUUAGGCAUUGUAGGGAACGGCUGGGUCAUUUUCAUCCUCGGCUUCGUUAUGAAGAAGACGAGUCGCAUCGUCUGGCUCCUCAACCUGACCGCCUCCAACUUCCUCUUCGUCUGCUCCCUUCCGCUGAGAAUCACCCACAACGCCAUGAUGCUCAACUGGCCAUUCGGCAGAGCCAUCUGCAAACUCAACGACUCCAUCGUCUUCCUCAAUCUCUAUGCCAGCGCUUACUUCCUGGCAGUCCUCAGCUUAGAGCGUUGGGCUUCCAUGAAGAGCUCGACCUGGGCUCAACAUCCCCGGAAGAUUCGACUCACUUGGAUCGUGGCCGGUGGGAUCUGGCUUCUGGCCCUGGGGUUCUCGUCAGCAAGAAUCCACAUCAGACACACCAGCAGGUCCCCCGUCGACGAAGACGUGAUCGUCUGCUUCUUAAAUUAUGGCAGAAACCUCAGGCAGGCCAAGAUCAACCAACACCUCAUCCUGAUCAGCCAGUACGUUUGUGCCUUUCUCGUCCCUAUCGUCAUGACGAUCGUUUCCCUUGCGAAAACCCAUCAGAGGCAGGGAGUGGCGAUGCGGUGGGCCAAGUCCUUCAAGAUGAUCACAACCAUGAUAGUGACAUUUUAUCUGUGUUGGCUCCCCUAUGCCGUCUUCUCUUUCUUUGAAAGCGAGUACUUAGAGACGUCGCCGGUGCUCAUUGUGGGUAUUCCCUUGGCAACCAGUCUGGCUUUCGCCAGCAGCUGUGUCAAUCCCAUACUUUAUAUAGCCUUGGGGUACAAUUUCAAGGAGAGGCCGAGGCCUUCCCUCCUCUCUGCCUUUGAAAAUGUCUUUGGGGAGGAGAGCAAUGGGACCGUCCCCGAAACCCAGCCCAAACCUGCAGCAGAGAUGAGUCCCCAGAACUUAUAA